AUGAGACUUCUCAACACAUCAACCUUUGAGCUCAAGGAGUUCAACGAUGGGGCUGUGCCUCCGUAUGCUAUUUUGUCACACACGUGGGAGGAUGAAGAAGUCACAUUCCAAGACAUCAAGGAAGGGGUCCCAGAUGCUCUCAGGAGACGAAAAGCGUUUUCGAAGAUUCAGGACACUUGCAAAUUGGCACUCGCUCAGGGUUAUAAGCAUGCCUGGAUCGACACCUGCUGCAUUGACAAGUCGAGCAGCGCCGAACUCACAGAGGCUAUCAACUCCAUGUUCAACUGGUAUCACGAGUCGGCUAUCUGCUACGUCUAUCUAAAAGACCUCACGGAGACUGAAUCCUUUGCCGAGAAGCUGUCCGGCUGCCGCUGGUCGUCUCGAGGCUGGACGCUACAGGAGCUGAUUGCACCUCCCAAGAUUGAGUUCUACGACGCCCAAUGGACGUAUCGAGGCACCAAGGCUGAAUUCUCCACUCUUCUAUCUGAGGCAACCGGCGUCAACGAGGGGAUUCUGACAGGUACUCAGGACCUGGCGGACGUCCCUGUUGGCCGCCGAAUGUCUUGGGCAUCGACUAGGCAAACAACCCGGGUUGAGGACAUGGCUUAUUCCCUCCUUGGUAUCUUCGGCGUCAAUAUGGCACUGAUUUACGGGGAAAGAGAAAGAUCCUUCGUCCGACUGCAGGAGGAGAUCAUUAAGAUGACCAACGACUUGAGCAUAUUUGCCUGGAGCCGCCCCACGCUCCCGUCAGAACAAGCCGUGGUGGUUUGCACAGGCCUGCUCGCUUCUUCGCCUUCUGAGUUCCAUACGUGCCGAAACCUCGUAGUUACGGAGUCGACAUUUCUAGGCGAGAUUGGCAUCACAAACAAUGGGAUCAAACUCCCAAGAGCUCUACUAGCCCCGGUGGCUUUGAAAAACGCUCGAGGCGGGCCAGCGAUCUCAAGUUAUCGCCAUUAUAUGUUACCUCUGUAUCACGAACAUGAGGACACGUACACAACUUACACCAAGUUAAAGCCUAAGCUCCCUUCUAUUUUCGCCGUACACAAUACCCUAUUCUGGGAUAGUGCUAUUGCAAUCCGUCUGCGUCAAAUCGGCCCCGGGCUUUUCAUCAGGGGAAGCCCUGAAGCCAGCAGAAGUGUACCCAGGGACUCUUUAUACGUCCACGACGCUGCAGAAUCCUUUCAUGUGAUCAGGGGUCCUGGCACAUACUCGAAUUUCCCUUAUGGCACAGGGCAGAUACCCAUGCACAUCCCACGACCACUCAUCCGCCGCAUGUUCACGGUCUACGUCACCCUCUCACCGGAAGUAUUUUUGCGGUCCUCUCCGAUAGCCUCCCCGAAAGAUGCCUGGGAUUCCGCGAACUGGCGCUUCCACUUGCAGCAAGAGUUCAGGAUCAUCUGCUCCCUGAACUUCGACUUAGGCUCGAAUUCAGAAGAAAGCCAGAUGUGUGUGACGUAUGACCAAGUUGAGCAGCAGGUCGAUUGGGGCUUGCAAAUCGGCCGCGAGUACGACCCAUGUGAGCCUCUAAACCAAUCCGUACGAAUUCCUGGUGCAGCGGGAGAGGUCAUUUCGGUAAAGGUAAUAGGUCAAUACUGGCCUGGCAAUAACUGGAGCCCCCCAGGAUGGGAGCUCCAGAUUUCGCAAGAUUGA